UUAAAAGAGAGGUUAUGUUAUUUACAUCUUAUUUAAAUAAUUGAUAAGAUAUGUCUUGGCCACGAAUCUAAAUUUUAUAUGAAAAUGCCAUCGCAAAAACGAUUUUUAAAUUUAUUCUAUAAUUUAUAACUAACUGUGAUAUGGUAUUUGAAGGUGAAAAAUAAAAAAAAAUAGUUAAUGGAAUCAACUUCUGUACAUAUGAACUUACUCGAUGAAGAAGAAAUGGUAGCUACAAGAGAUUGGAGAAAAGCAUUAAGGGCUCAGCCAGCCUACAGAAUUGUAAAUAGAACUAUACGAGGUCAGACACAAUUUAUUUGUGUAGUUGGUUUUACAGGAUUUUUAUUAUUAGUUAUUUUAUAUUUAUUUCCUACAAGAAAUUCAGGCAAUGUUAUGCGUAGUAGUAACUACAAUUAUACAUAUCCAUUAACUAGGCCUAUUAAAACAAAUACUAUGCAUACAUUUCGGAUAGGUAUUAUUGCUGAUUUAGAUACGAAUUCAAAAAGUGAAGCUGAGAAAAAUACUUACUAUUCCUACUUUAAACAGGGUUAUCUCAGUUAUAAUCCUAAGAAACUUAAAGUUAUCAUAUCAUGGGAUGCAAAAGAACCUAUACAACUAAAAAAUAAUUUUGCCCUAAAAGGACGAGGCAUGGAACUGUCGGAAUUGGUUACAUUUGAUGGACGAUUACUGACAUUUGAAGACAGGACUGGUCUUGUCUAUGAAAUUAUCAAUAACCAAGUCGUUCCAUGGGUAUUGUUAAUCGAUGGAGAUGGAAAGAAAGCGAAAGGUUUUAAAUCGGAAUGGGCAACAGUAAAAAAUGAAGUGCUCUAUGUUGGUUCGAUGGGUAAGGAAUGGACGACAGCAUCUGGAGAAUUUCAGAGUAAUGACCCGCAAUAUAUUAAAGCUGUCACUCCAAAAGGUGAGAUUUCUCACAUUAACUGGGUAAAUGAGUACAAAAGAAUUAGAGAAAUUUUGGGAAUCUACUGGCCCGGUUACAUGAUUCAUGAAAGUGGCGUUUGGUCAGAUAAACAUCAAAGAUGGUUCUUUUUGCCGCGACGGUGUAGUAAGGAACCAUACAAUGAAUCGUUAGAUGAGCACAGAGGUUGUUCUGUGUUGAUUUCGGCCAAUGCAGAUAUGUACGAUGUUCAAGUUGUACAGAUUAGAAAUUCUAGUCCAACGAAAGGUUUUUCAAGUUUUAAAUUUAUCCCUACAUCAGAUGACUUUGUAAUAGUAGCAUUGAGAACGGAAGAAUUAGACGGAAAUACGUCCUCUUACAUAACAGCUUUCACCAUUCACGGAGAUAUUUUACUAGAAGACACGUAUGUCGCAAAUGUAAAGUAUGAAGGAUUUGAAUUUAUAUAGCAUUCCGAAUUUAUAGUUCAAUUAAAUGUUGUAAAGUAAAAAUUGUACAUAUAUUUGUAAAUUGUUUUGUAAUUAAAGCAAUAGUUAAUAAGGA